AUGGCGAGAUAUAGGGAGAGAAAAAUCCCUAUCGAAAAGUUUCAACUUUCUAUUUCAGAAAAUAGUGGAUCAAAUCAUCCUCUUGAUUUCCCUCAGAUGGAUAAUUGGCUUGGCAGUGCUCUUCAGAAUAGUGUAAAAGAUCUCGUCUGUAAGGUUUCUAUUCCCUCAUACCCCUUCCCUGUUUUCACAUUCUUGGCAGCAAAUUCUUUAAGAGAAUUGAUUGUCGAUUUCAUCAUUGUUUAUUGUCCUUUGUUGACAAAGAUUGAGCUGCGGAAUCUUCAAAAUAUCAAGUCAGUUUCUAUUAGUAGCAACCACAACCAGAGUGUCAAAAUCCAAGCACCAACUCUCGAACACUUGUCUUAUUCAGGGUGUCCUUGGGAACAAUCCCCUAUAUUGGAUAUUGCUGAAUGUCAAAAUCUAAUAUCUUUAGAGCUAUCAUCGAUUGAGGGUUGUAAGGGCUUACGGGAUAUUGGUGCUCCAAAUUUGGUAUCACUUGAGUAUGAGGGAGAUCAAAUUCCUAAGCUUAAAAUUGCAAAAGCGUCCGGCCAAUUGAAGAACUCACAAUUAUGUCUUUGUCGCUUGAAAGAUUUAAAUGCUGCAUGGUUUGGUGAGUUGAGGAAAUAUCUAUUAAACUCGACCUCUUGGUCUCUAGUUGACCUUUACUUUGACGAAUGUGAUGAGAUCAACAUGAAAGAUUUGGAGCUGCACCAUAGAGUUGCUAACCCCAAAGUGGACGUUCUAAAUGUACAGAUAGAGUCGUCGGGGGAGUGCCCACUGCUUGUGGACGCUUUGCUCUGGAGUUGUCAUCCUAGGAGACUCUACCUACAAUCAACUAUUGAAAUGAUUACUUGCUUCAUGGAUCGUUUAAUGUAUUUGAAGAAUUCACGUCAUUCUACAUCUCAUGGAAGCAAGCCUUGGCAUAGUCAAUUGAAAGGAGUAAAAGCCUACAAAUGUGACUCGGAUAAUCAGCGCGUGUUACUCAGAAGUGGAGAGCUAGUAGUGAGGACCCUUACGGAGGUGGAGGAAGUUUUGUUUCUAUUAGAUAGGUGAUGUAGUUUAUUCUAGUGCAAAUUGAAUGUACUUAUUCAUUAUGCAGUUUACUACUUCAAAGUUAAGUUCUCCCGUAGUCCCAUUGAAUUUUUCUCGAGAAUAGUCUUUUGAUACUCAACCUGCUGGUACAGUGGUACUGAACUUAUCAGAUGUAGUUGAAGCAUGGUAUAUUUCUUCUGAGACGAGCAUAAGCGCUUCCAUUGUAUUUGUACCAGCUCUUUAGUACUGAAAAAAAAGGG